UUAUCAAUCACUAUACAUUUUAAUUUUUCCUUUGCUUUUCAAGAGGGGGAGGGUCUGUGUGUGUGUGUAACAACUUACAACCCCUCUGUUCUCUUCCUCCUCGCCGGAGUUUGAACACAACAAUGGUGAAGGAUAAAGAUGCAAUUGAAAACCCUAAUCUUAAAGACAAGAAGAUGUUCAUCGGAAUUGUAUGGAACUGUGCGCCGGAGCUCAAACUUGUGCUCUCAGCCCUCCUAUUCUUCUGCUCCCUCGUCACCCUUUUCCAAUUCUUCCCUUCACAUCUAUCAUUUUCUGUACAAGAUCUCCGCAACUGCGCCUCCCUCCCACCACCGUCUUCCGCCCUCAAACUCAUCACCGCUUCCUCACCUCCACCGGUGGAAAUCCAAAUCCAGCACCGACAUGUUAAGCAGGAGGAUGUUGUGCUUCAGAAUGGUGUCGUUAAGAGAAAUUUCAACACCUAUGGCACCGCCGCCUACAAUUUCAUCCUCAUGUCGGCUUACAGAGGCGGAGUAGACACCUUCGCCGUCAUUGGCCUUUCCUCGAAACCCCUUCAUGUUUUCUCUAAACCCACUUAUCUCUGCCAGUGGCUUCCUCACAACGCCACCCAAAAUCAAAACCAGAACAUCACCGUUCCCGGCUCUAAGAUCCUCCCUGACUGGGGUUACGGCCGUGUAUACACCGUCGUCGUUGUCAACUGCACUUUUCCGUUCCCUGUAGGUGCGGAUGGAGGCGGUGGACAGUUGCUAAUCCACGCCUCCACUGGAGGCGGUGGCGACUCCAACUUCAACCUCACCGACACCAUUGAAGCUUUGUCCGAAACCCCAGGAAGCUUAAACCCGUUGCAAUUCACAGCUCCUCCGAAGUACGACUACUUAUACUGUGGCUCCUCGCUCUACGGAAACCUAAGCCCUCAGAGGAUUCGUGAAUGGAUAGCUUACCAUGUGAAAAUGUUCGGAGAGAAGUCACAUUUCGUGAUACACGACGCCGGCGGAGUACAUCCGGAAGUUAUGGAGGUUUUACGGCCGUGGGUCGAGAAGGGUUACGUGACUGUUCAGGACAUACGGGAGCAAGAGAGAUUCGAUGGGUAUUAUCAUAAUCAGUUCUUAAUCGUGAACGAUUGCUUGCAUCGAUACAGAUUCACAACGAAAUGGAUGUUUUUCUUCGAUGUGGACGAAUUCAUCUUCGUUCCAAAGAAAAGCACCAUUAACACAGUUAUGGAUUCGCUUUCGGACUACACCCAGUUCACCAUUGAACAAAGAACAAUGUCUAACAAGCUCUGUUACCUCGAUGAUCACGCUGGUAAAAUCUACAGGAAAUGGGGGAUUGAGAAAUUGGUGUAUCGUGACACGGUGAAAGGGAUAAGAAGAGACCGAAAAUACGCAGUGCAACCACGAAAUGUGUUUGCAACGGGUGUACACAUGUCAGAAAACACCAUAGGGAAGACAACACAUAAAACGGAGGGAAAAAUAAUGUAUUAUCAUUACCAUGGGACAAUAUCUGAGAGAAGAGAGCCAUGUAGACAAUUGGUCAACAAAACCGAGAUGAAAGUCGGAGGAACGCCGUACAUGGUGGACAAGACGAUGAGGGAAGCCGCGUUCGCGGUUAAGCGGUUUGAGCUACGGAUGAUUGGGUCGGUUCUGAUAAGAACGCGUCAAUAACAGUGACAAUGACAGAGACAGUGAAGACUGUAUUGUGUUUAGUUGUUUGGUUUAAUGUAUAGAUGGAUCUCAAGUGCAUUUGUUUUUGGUAUUUAACAAGUUAUAAGUGAAAUUUGUUUGUAAACUAUUUGUCCUCCCACUCCAUUUGUUUAUUUUAAUUAGGGUUAUAUAUGAAGUAUGUAUUUUUUUCUUGUUUA